AUGGCCUCGACUCGUCCAAGAGACGUCCGGGAACGCAGAACGCUCCGGAGGUCGAGAUUUGGCUGCCGAAAUUGCAAGCUCAGAAAACUCAAGUGCGACGAAAGCAAACCACAAUGCAAGAGAUGUAGUUCAUUCGGAGUAUUAUGCAACUUCAUGUCUAAUGUUCCCGACCUACAGCCCAUCGCCGCUGACACAGGGAGGCCUUUGGUGGUUCGAGGAAAAGCAGAGCUUCAACCCCCUGUCGCCAGUGCUGUCUGGACGUCAGAUGAAUCCACAUUCUAUCAGUUGAAUGCAAAGUGUCAAGAUUUUAUCACCCGAUACCUUGGACGCAGUCUCAUUACCCCAGAUGACCCUAAUAUGAUACACGUUAAUCGCAGGCUCCUGCGACUAGCCUUUGCUUACCCUUUUUUAAUGCACGCCUCUCUAGCUGUGGCAUAUACAUAUGACCGCCAUCUGAAUAGCUCAUUAGGCUGUCGUCGCAGUCUAGAAGAGUGUUAUCACUGGUCACGAAGCACAGCUCUUCUCAACAGACGGUUAAGGGAACCGAUUGAAGCGAAAGAUAAGGACCCAAUCUGGGCCACUGCGGCUGCUGUGGCUAUCUUGACCUUCUCGUCCCCUGAUGCAUCCACGCCGGAAGAAUCGUGGCCGUUAAAGUCCUCUGACUACUCCGAUUUGGACUGGUUACGUAUGAGUAAGGGUAAAAUGGCACUGUGGCACAUAGUGAACCCGCUACGACCGGACAGUCUUUUCAGCGUCAUGGCGGCGACGUUUGCUAUUAUGCAUUCACCCUUGCCAGAGAGUGGCAUAGAUGGUAUACCGACGGCCUUGGCUGCCCUGUGUCUCCUGAGCGACUCAUCUACGGCGGGAAACAAUCCGUAUUUCCAUGCCGCCCACGGAGUAUCCCAGAUCCUGGACCUCCCGGAUAGCGAGGUCACAACAGGUCAAACUCAACUCUUCACGCGCAGUAUCCAUGGCCCUUUCGAAGACUUGCUCCGGAAUAGGGAUCCUGUAGCGCUUCUGCUGCUGUAUCUAUGGUACCGCAAAGCAGGUCGCAGUAUAUGGUGGAUUGAACUUAGAGCUCGAGUGGAAUGUCCUUCGAUUUGCUCGUACCUACGGCUAUAUCACAAUGAGAAUGCUGCGGUACAGGCAUUCCUUCCAGGAGGUGCUCUCGCUGAUAGAUGGAACUAG